ACUGCAACGGCCACGACUAAUUCUGUGGCAGCACAGCAGCAACAGCAAAUAACAGCGCCAUCACCACCAGCCACCACAGCACCUCCAUCUCAAGCCCCAACUGCGAAUACAUCAACGACAGCGGCGGUUGCGUAGUAUACAAUGCUACAGGCAGCUGAAAACACACCAGCUGCAUCGACAAUGUUUGCUUACCAUCAUCAUCAGCAACAGCAACAGCAACAACAACAUCACCAUUCCCAUUCCCAUGGCCAGUCUGCUGUUUCACAUCAUAUGUGGCCGCCCAUGGCUGUUCCUCAACUACCGCCACCGCCGCCAUCCUCGACACAUCUUCCCCCAACGACAAUAGCAGCUCCCACAAAUGCCACAAUAGAGAUGCACAUGAUGAAUACUCCAACGCCACCACAGCAACAUCCGCAAUCGCAGCAUGAAGAAGCGACAACAUUUCAACAACCAUUGCCACCAACCUUGGCACAUCAACAUCAUCAUCCCCACCAUCAUCAGCAUCAGCAACACCACCACCAUCAACAUCAAACGCCAACACAAUAUAGUAUACCUUUACCUCCUGGCCCUUCGUCAGUUUUGCAACACCAUCAUCAUUUGCAAGCGCAUCAGCAGCUACGAUUGUCAGGACAACAAUAUGAAGGUCAAACUACUGCUCAGCAGCAGUCACCAUCAUUAGCAGGUGGAAGUCAGCAACAAUCAUCUAAUACCCAACAGCAGCAGCAGCAUCAUCAUAAUCAGCAACAAUCUCAGCAACCAGCACAUCAGCAUGACUCGAGAGAUCAGGCAUUUUUGGGUACAUGUAAAUAUUAAACAAACACCAGACAGACAGACUGUAUAUAGAAAACAACAAAAACAACCAAACAAACAUGAUGAACAAAUUCUAUAUAACAAUGAUGAUAAGCAAACAUUGAAUUACUUAGUAGACAGUACGAUACACAAACAUUAACGCAACGAAUUUAUUUGCAAAAACUCUGUUGCUAAUAUUUGACAAAAAAAAUUAAAAAACAAAAAUCAUUAGGACAAAAACAACAAGCCGCAAGGUGAAAAUAAGAUGUAUACAGAUUUAGAUUUUUUAAAAAAGAUCUUUAUUAUAUGAAAUUAUAGAUAUUACAACCAACCACUACAACAAAAAGAGAGUAAUUAACAAAAAAAGAAAAGAAUGACUAAAUACAAUUUAAAGAAAAAUAAAGGUUUAAAUACUUAAUUGCACAUAUUAAUACAAACUCCCCCAAUAUUAAAAAUAAAUACAAUUAAAAAAAAAAAUAUGAAAAAAAUGCAAAAAAAAAAACAUUGGAAACAACAUAUAUAUUGUAUAGAUAUGCUAUUUUUUAUUUUAACGGAAACCCCCCUCCCUUUUUCUCUGUCCCAAUUACUAAUUAUGUAUGUAAAGGUUAUAAUUUAUAAAACAAAACCCGUUCUAAUUAAAACUAUAUAUAAUAAUUUAAUACGAAUACUAUUAAAAACAAAAAAAUAUGAUAAAGAAGAACAUACGCGCAACUGCAAGAUAUUCCUAACAAACGACAAAAAAAAAAAAAAAACAAAACAACAACAAAAUAAAAAUAUAAAAUCAAUU